CAAUGCUGCGUUAGGUGACUCACAUAUAUCACACUUUCCGUGGACACUUACAAAUUAGCCUAAAAUCAAAUAAAUUCAUUUGAGGGGAAGAAUUUGUAAAGCUUGCAUCAAUGGCGUCAACAAUGGCAGCGAUUAAAGCAGCAAUUGGAGACGCUAUAUUAACUUCAUUAUGGGUAUUCUCUGCUUCAACUAUCGGCCUUUUCACCUACCUUAUCUCUACUACUCUUGGAAUUCAAGGUCCUCUAACCCUAAUUGUUACCACUUCAAUUGUCGCUUUUCUCGUCUUCUUCUACACUCUCGUUGGCCAACUUCUUGGGGGUGCUAGCUUUAAUCCUACGGGUACUGCUGCCUUUUAUGCUGUUGGGCUUGGCAAUGAUUCUCUCCUCUCAUUGGCCCUUCGAUUUCCUGCUCAGGCUGCUGGUGCGGUAGCAGGUGCAAUAGCGAUUUCAGAAGUAAUGCCAAGUCAAUACAAACACAUGUUGGGAGGCCCUUCAAUUAAGGUUGACUUGCAUACAGCAGCCAUGGCAGAAGGGGUGUUGACUUUUCUUAUAACCUUUGCUGUCCUGAUCAUUAUCCUGAAAAUUCCAGGCGGUAUGUUGGUCAAGACAUGGCUGCUUUCUAUUGCUACUGUAACUUUGGUUGUUGCUGGAUCCAGUUACACUGGACCGGCAAUGAAUCCUGCCAAUGCCUUUGGAUGGGCAUAUAUGAGAAAACAGCACAACACAUGGGAUCAGUUAUAUGUUUAUUGGAUAUGUCCUUUCAUUGGUGCAAUUUCGGCUGCCUGGGUGUUCCGCAUCGUCUACCCACAGCCUAAAAAGCAGAAGAAAGCUCCAAAGAACAGAAAAGCAGACUAAGCUGGGUUUGAGAUUUGUAUCAAAUAAAUUGAGGGUUGAUAUAUAUUGGUAUUUAAGCCACAAGUAACAUAAUUUUCAUAUGACCAAUUGUGAUGUGAUACCAUCUAAUUCAAAAUUAUGAAUGAUCAUGGGCAUUGGGCAGGCUCAGUAAGAAGCCGGCAAGAACUUGUGUUAUUACAAAAAAAUUAAAAAAAAAAAAAAAAAAAAGUAAUUUGUGUGUGCUUGCCUUUUUUUAAAAAAUAUUUUAGUGUAUUAUUAUUGGAAAUAUUGAAAAGAAAACUACCACCUUUCAGCGGUAUACUCCCACCUUUGUGUUAUUUUUUAAAACUCUUUAUCUUUUAUGAAGUACUACCUCCUAUUCA